GUGUUGACAAAAGUCAACAUUUCAAUUUGGUCACUUUAAAUCAUCUUUAAGGAUAAUCCACAAAGAUGCCACAAAACGAACAUAUAGAACUUCAUCGGAAGAGACAUGGAUACAGACUUGAUUAUCAUGAGAAAAAACGAAAAAAGGAAGGCCGUAUGGGCCAUAAAAUGGCAGAAAAAGCUAGGAAAUUGAGAGGAAUUAAAGCUAAACUACACAAUAAAAAGAGACAUUCAGAGAAAGUACAGAUGAAGAAAACGUUGAAAAUGCAUGAAGAGAGACAAACAAAACAGAAAUCAGAUGAUAAUGUACCAGAAGGAGCUGUACCAGCCUAUUUAUUAGACAGGGAGGGACAAUCUCGAGCUAAAGUAUUGUCUAAUAUGAUAAAACAGAAACGUAAAGAGAAAGCUGGUAAAUGGGAUGUUCCACUACCUAAAGUUAAAGGAAUGAGCGAAGCAGAAGUCUUUAAAGUUGUCAGAACAGGAAAAACCAGACGAAAAGGAUGGAAGAGAAUGGUGACUAAAGUUACUUAUGUCGGUGAAAAUUUUACCAGAAAACCACCAAAAUUUGAAAGAUUCAUCAGACCCAUGGGUUUAAGAUUUAAAAAGGCUCAUGUAACUCAUCCUGAAUUAAAAGCCACAUUCUGUUUACCAAUGAUUGGUGUAAAGAAGAAUCCUAGUUCCACCAUGUAUACCUCAUUAGGUGUUAUAACUAAAGGUACCAUUAUUGAGGUUAAUAUAAGUGAAUUAGGUUUAGUAACACAAGGUGGUAAAGUCAUCUGGGGAAAAUAUGCCCAGGUGACCAAUAAUCCAGAAAAUGAUGGCUGUAUUAAUGCUGUUUUGUUGGUGUAAAUCACCAUAUUAAACUCAAUUAAUAUUCAAAAACUAAAAAAAAAAUAGCAAAAACCUUGAAAAAUAAAAGAAAAAGAAACGUGUCUCCAUGAUGAAGAAGAAGAUUUGUGGUUAUCAUUGAAACAACUACCAAGUGACAAGUCUAGAAUAUUGUCAAUAGAGUGACCUAUGUGAAAUAGAUAUUAAAAUUGAUAUCUACAAAA